AUGGAGUCUAGCGUGGCAGGUCCCAGUGCUACUUCUGUGGUUCCGACUCUCGGUUCCGAUGUCACUUUAACCCCGGAUUCCGCGGCUUUGGUUCUUGGACCCGACGUUACCCCAAUCUCGAUCUCCACACUCCCAGCCUCUGGACCCGAUGUCCCUUUGCCUGCUGGAGAAAUUGUCGUUUCGGAGCAAGUACCCGAUGUCCAGGCUCGCCCGGAGGAUUCCCCUUUCGUGCCGAUAGUGGUUUCGGAGGAUGCGGUUGAAGUCAUACCUCCCCUCCAGAAAAGAAGAGGAGAUCGUUUUGGCUUCCGGCGUCCAACGCUGUUCCGCCAUCGAGGGGACGUUCAAGAGCUGGGGCUGUCGGAGCGAAGAGGAAAAGGUGUACUAGGAGUGAGGAAGUUUGUGUCGUUGAUCGACGGGAUGCUUGGAGAUUGUGGACUGGAGGUUACACGAAAAAGCAAUUCCAACCCCAUAGAGCUUCUUGACAAUGAUUCUGACUCAGGAACAUCAGAACAAAUAAGAAAUUUUUCAAAUAAACAGGAUCAGGGAAGAACUGUAGACUUAGAAAAAGAGAAUCCCGAUGCCGAGAUCGAAGUCGAUCAUCUAGACGUACCAAAUAUCGAUCGAUCCUCUGGGAAGGAAAACGAUCGACCAUCUGGCAACACCAACGAUUGCAAUACACAAUCUACCGGAACUGAAAGAGUCUAUAGAACUCCUCCCCCAUUUCCUCCAAACAAACCACAAACUAAGAAGGCAUUGGAACAUGCAAUCUGCAAAAAGGCCUUCGACAAAAUCACUCUCGAGAUGUCUCUCAGUGACGCCCUUAAGAUAGCCCCCUCGGUGAAAAAGUACGUAAAAGAUAUGAUAUCCUCGAGUGGAGAACAAAGCGUUAUGAUGGUGUCAGAGGAAGUAAGUGCGAUGAUACAAGGAGAAACUUCAAUCAAAAGGACUGACCCUGGUAGUUUUGUCCUAGAUUGCAAGAUACAAAACGCACGUUUUCCUCGAUCUCUUUGUGAUCUUGGCUCUAGUGUAAACCUCAUGCCAUACUCUGUGGCAGUUUCACUAGGUUAUAAUGAAUUCGUUCCAACGCCUAUCACGUUAGUUCUAGCUGAUCGUUCUAUUAGGGUACCUGAGGGAAUCCUCGUAGAUGUACCAGUCAAAAUUGAUGAUUGCUUCAUACCAACAGAUUUUGUUGUACUAAAGUAUAAACAAGUGCCGAAAGACCCCCUUAUAUUAGGUCGGCCCUUUUUGGCUACAGCAGGAGCAAUCAUAGAUUGUAAAGGAGGAAAGAUUAACUUAAAUGUCGGAGAUAUAUCAAUGAACUUCGACAUGGAAAAGCUAGUAAAACGUCCUCUGAUAGACGAUCACGCCUUUUACACAGAAGAAGUUUCUGAGCUAGAAAAAGAAUACCUUACGGAUAUAUGUGCUGCCAAUUCAUCAGAAGACACAUUCACUCCUGAUGAACAAGAAAUUCUGAACGUAGAUAGCAGAACAGAAGAUUAUGCGAACCUUAUGGACGCAAGUAUCGGAAUCGCAAAUGAAGAAACUGAUGAUUCUGAAAUCAUUAUGGAUCAAUACCUUAGGGAAACUAUUGAUCGAUCAUCUUCUUCAUCGACCAACUGGACUAAAGAAAAAGCACCCAAGGUUGAACUGAAACCACUUCCAGCUGGCCUGAAAUAUGCAUUCCUUUGCGAUAAAUCAUAUCCUGUCAUUGUUAAUGCCAAUCUCACGAAUGGAGAGCUUGCUCUCCUUUUGAACAAACUGCGUAAGUAUCGGAGAGCGAUCGGGUAUUCUCUCGAUGAUAUUCCCGGAAUAGCUCCUGACCUUUGCAUGCACCGUAUCCACCUCGAAGAAGAUGCAAAAACAUCUAUAGAACAGCAAAGGAGACUCAAUCCAAACCUAAAAGAGGUAAAAGGUGGGAUCACAGUGGUUAAAAAUGAUAAAGAUGAACUUAUCCCUACACGCACUGUCACUGGACAUCGAAUGUGUAUUGAUUACAGGAAACUGAAUGCUGCUACUAGGAAAGACCAUUUUCCCUUACCUUUCAUCGAUCAAAUGCUAGAAAGACUGGCCAACCAUAAAUAUUAUUGUUUUCUUGACGGAUAUUCGGGAUUUUUCCAGAUACCGAUACAUCCUGAAGAUCAGGAAAAGACAACUUUUACUUGUCCUUACGGAACAUUUGCAUAUCGCAGAAUGCCAUUUGGACUAUGUAACGCACCAGCCACUUUCCAACGUUGCAUGAUCAUAUUCACAGAUAUGAUCGAAGAUUUCAUGGAAGUCUUUAUGGACGAUUUUUCGGUUUACGGAUCAAGUUUUAAGGAUUGCCUAGACAACUUGUGCAAGGUAUUGGAAAGAUGCGAAGAAAAGAAUCUUGUCCUAAACUGGGAAAAAUGCCAUUUCAUGGUAAACGAUGGUAUAGUCCUUGGACAUAAAGUUUCCGCAGCUGGAAUAGAAGUAGACAGAGCUAAAAUUGAAGUAAUGACUGGUCUACCGGCACCCACAAACGUUAGAGACAUAAGGAGUUUCCUUGGACAUGCCGGAUUUUACAGACGAUUCAUACAAGAUUUCAGUAAAAUUGCUAGACCUCUAAAUAAUCUUUUGUGCAAAGAAGUUAAAUUCGAUUUUACACCAGAAUGCAAGGAAGCUUUCGAAGCACUGAAGAAGUCUCUUAUAACUGCCCCAGUCGUACAACCCCCGGAUUGGAAUCUCCCUUUCGAGAUUAUGUGCGAUGCGAGUGAUUUCGCAGUUGGAGCGGUUCUAGGACAACGAAAAGAUAAGAAGCUGCACGCUAUCUACUAUGCGAGUCGCACACUCGACGAAGCGCAACGGAAUUACUCUACCACAGAAAAAGAGCUACUAGCAGUGGUUUAUGCUUUCGAAAAAUUCCGUCAAUACUUAGUCGGAGCACAUGUUAUAGUCCACACUGAUCAUGCUGCUAUCAAAUAUUUAAUGCAGAAGAAAGAUGCUAAACCAAGACUCAUAAGAUGGAUCUUACUACUCCAAGAAUUCAAUAUUGAGAUCAAAGAUAAAAGAGGAGUAGACAACGGUGUCGCUGAUCAUCUUUCCAGGAUUUGA